AUGUUGCUGCGAGCAGUUGGACGACAGAUGACGUCGGUUAUUCGACAACAAACUGCAAUUAGAAAUAUUGCAUUAACCAGAUCAGUUCUUGGAGGAGGACACGAUCAUCAUCAUGAACCACAACCGGUAUACAUUCCAAAACCAGGAUCUCUCAGCUGGUCCCUCUGUGGCAGUCCACAUACAAAAUCUGCUCACCCAUUCGAACCAUACAAACCAGAUGUUGGGUCAUUCAUCGGAGCAGCCGUGUUUAUUGGUCUCACAGUUUUCGCUGUUCUUUUCAAAACGGAUACAUUCAAGAAAGACGAUGGUCAUCAUCAUGGACAUCAUGUAAAGCAUUCUGAACCCAAAGAGGAACAUCAUCACGAAGAAACAAAGCAUGUACCACAAACUGAACCACAAGGAACUGUCGAGAAUCGUCAACCAGAAGAAGUUCUUUCUGCACGUGAAGCUCCAGCCGCAGUUGAAGAUCCAGUCCCAACAACAUCCAAACAAGAAUGGGAGAAACAAGCAUCUGAAUCCGCAGACACAAAAUCCGUCGAUCUAGACGAAAAUCCAUCACAAGAAGCGACAGAAAAACCACGCUUACCAGAAGAAGUUCUUGCUGCUCGAGAUGCACCAUCGGCUGUAGAAGAACCAGUUCCAUCCACUUCAAAGUCAGCACAAGAGGAAGGAGCUUCUGUUUCGAAAGAAGAGAAUUCGUCCCUACACUGCGAAUAUGUCAUCAUUGGCUCUGGAACUGCCGCAUACUAUGCAUCACUGGCAAUUAGAGCUAAACAAGCAGAAGCAAAAGUUUUGAUGAUCGGUGAAGAGCCCGACUUACCAUAUAAUCGACCACCACUUUCAAAAGAACUCUGGUGGUAUGGAGAUGAAACAGCUGUAUCGAAGCUAGACUAUACCUCACUUUCUGGAAAGAAACGUGACAUUUUCUACGAAGUCGAAGGAUUCUUCGUUUCUCCAGAAGACAUCCGGAAAGCGCCUCAUGGAGGAGUCGCAUUGUUACGUGGAAAGAAGGCAGUGAAGAUUUGUGCAGAAGAUAAAAAAGUUAUUUUGGAAGAUGGAAAAACUAUUGGAUAUGAUAAAGUAUUAAUUGCAACAGGAAUCCGACCAAAGAAAGAGAAAGUAUUCGAAGACGCGAGUGAAGAGGCAAAAGAAAAGAUUACUUAUUAUCAUUAUCCAAACGAUUUUAAACGAGUUGAACGUGGACUGGCAGACAAAUCAGUUCAGAAAUUGACAGUCAUUGGAAAUGGACUACUUGCUUCUGAAUUGGCUUACUCCAUCAAAAGAAAAUACGGAGACAAAGUGGAAGUUCAUCAAGUAUUCGAACAAAAACAUCCAGCAGAAGACAUUCUUCCAACACAUCUUGCGCGGAAAUCAUUUGAUGCAAUCAAGAAAAGCGGUGUUGACAUUCGGCCCGAGCAAAAAGUCGAAGGAGUUCGAAAGUGCUGCAAAAAUGUUGUUUUGAAGUUAUCAGAUGGUUCUGAACUGAGAAGUGAUUUAGUUAUUGUGGCCACAGGCGAAGAACCAAAUUCUGAAAUCAUCGAGGCUUCAGGGUUCAAAUUAGAUGAAAAACAAGGAGGAGUAAAAGCUGAUAAAUACUUGAAAGUAUCGGAAAAUGUUUGGGCAGCUGGAGCAAUUGCCACAUUUGAUGAUGACGUACUCGGACAACGCAGAAUUAGUUCAUGGGAGAACGCACAAGUCAGUGGACGAUUGGCUGGAGAGAAUAUGGCGACAGCUGGAGCGUCUCAAAAAGCGUUCUGGUAUCAACCAUCUUUCUUCACAAAAUUCGCCCCACACUUGCACAUCAAUGCAGUUGGACAAUGUGAUUCUUCACUAGAAACUGUUACUGUUUAUGCUGAACCAGAUGGAGAGAAUCUUUUGGAGAAAGCAGUUGUUUUCUACAAAUCAAAAGAAAAUGGAAAUGUCGUUGGUGUUCUACUCGUAAAUGUUUUCGGUCCAUCUCUCGAUGUAGCUCGUCGUAUUAUUGAUGACCGUAAAAGAGUGGACGAAUACAAAAAAAUUGCGAAGUUAUUUCCACUUUAUGAACCACCGAAAGUAGAAGAAGAAACAAAGGAGAAAAGUCCAUAA